GAGGGGUCGAGCGGCAGGACUGAGCCGAGCCAAUGGGGAGCGGCAAGGGCUCGGUUCGCCCGUUCUCACGCCCCACCCUCUCACCGUGCUGGAAGAAAGUUUCGCCCCGCCGCCAAGAGAGAAGCGUGAACAUGGCCUCGCCAAGGUGGUUCUGGUCUAUGUGUGUGAUCGCAGCGGUGGCACUGCUGCUCGUUUCCAAGGUUCCUUCGGCCUCUGCCCAAAGAAAGAAGGAGAUGGUGUUAUCUGAGAAGGUUAGUCAGCUGAUGGAAUGGGCCAAUAAGAGACCUGUAAUAAGAAUGAAUGGAGACAAGUUCCGUCGCCUUGUUAAAGCUCCACCGAGAAAUUACUCAGUUGUCGUCAUGUUUACUGCUCUUCAACUUCAUAGACAGUGUGUCGUUUGCAAGCAAGCUGAUGAAGAAUUCCAGAUUCUGGCAAAUUCUUGGCGAUACUCCAAUGCAUUUACCAACAGGAUAUUUUUUGCCAUGGUGGAUUUUGAUGAAGGCUCAGAUGUAUUUCAAAUGCUAAACAUGAAUUCAGCUCCAACCUUCAUCAACUUUCCCCCGAAAGGAAAACCCAAGAGGGCUGACACAUAUGAGUUGCAGGUGCGAGGGUUUUCAGCUGAGCAGAUUGCCCGGUGGAUUGCAGACAGAACUGAUGUCAACAUUAGAGUAAUUAGACCUCCAAAUUAUGCUGGACCCCUAAUGUUGGGACUGCUUCUGGCUGUUAUUGGUGGACUUGUGUAUCUGCGAAGAAGCAAUAUGGAGUUCCUCUUUAAUAAAACUGGAUGGGCUUUUGCAGCUUUGUGUUUUGUGCUUGCUAUGACAUCUGGCCAAAUGUGGAACCAUAUAAGAGGACCACCAUAUGCUCAUAAGAAUCCCCACACAGGACAUGUGAAUUACAUCCACGGGAGCAGCCAGGCCCAGUUUGUAGCUGAAACCCACAUCGUUCUUCUGUUCAAUGGUGGUGUUACCUUAGGUAUGGUGCUUUUAUGUGAAGCUGCUACCUCUGACAUGGAUAUUGGGAAGCGAAGGAUGAUGUGUAUUGCUGGGAUUGGACUCGUUGUGUUAUUCUUCAGUUGGAUGCUCUCUAUCUUUCGAUCAAAAUACCAUGGCUAUCCAUACAGCUUUCUGAUGAGUUAAAGAGGAUUCCAGAGAAACAUUGACACUGGUAAUGGAAACUGAAAAAUAAAAACUAUUUGGUGUUUGAA